UCCUUGUCCUUGCCAUGCCUCUCUGAGGUUAAUGUAACUUUAGCUGAACUCAAGUUUUGGUUUGUAUCAGAACUUUCUUCCGCGGAGAAAUCCAAAAUAAGGCUGAGAAUUUUGCUGGAGGCUCUUUUUUUAGAGUAACGCGUAUUUAAUUAACAAUUAAUGUAACUUACACGACCGUGAAUGCAAACGUGCAAUGCUCUUUAAAAACAGUCCGAGAAUUGUUUUGCUUUGCAAUGGCUCCCCCGAGAAGCUGUAUUUUGGGCUGAUAAUGUGUUUAUUAUUUCGAUGUGCCGUUCUGUACGUUUUCUAAGCUAAAAGAGCGAGAGAACAGCGAGCAGAGCCCUUUGGUAUCGCCGCUUUCCAUGGAGGCCGUGUGAGUUACUGAGGGAUUGCGCCUGACAGCUGCUCCCUGUCUCCUCCAGGAAAAGAGCUCGCACGCUACUUUUUCUUAUUUAUUUUUUUAUUUCUCCCCAGAUACCUUUCCCAGCAGCUCACACCCCACCCCUGAGCACGUACCGCCCCUUGGGAAUCGCUGCCCGCUCCCUCAGAAGCAGCCGUGGCUCUGCACAGAUGAUGUGCUUCAUCCUUUUGUCAUAGGACUUCAUUUGCUGGAAGGAAAACUAAAGGCUGCACAAUGGAGCACAUCCAGGGAGCUUGGAAGACCAUCAGCAACGGGUUUGGCCUCAAGGAUUCUGUGUUUGACGGCCCCAGCUGCAUCUCCCCGACCAUAGUGCAGCAGUUCGGGUACCAGCGCCGCGCCUCCGACGACGGCAAGAUCUCGGACACGUCCAAAACCAGCAGCACCAUCCGCGUCUUCCUGCCCAACAAGCAGCGCACCGUGGUGAAUGUGCGAAAUGGGAUGACCCUGCAUGACUGCCUGAUGAAGGCACUGAAGGUCAGAGGGCUGCAGCCAGAAUGCUGUGCAGUUUUCCGACUUCUUGCUGAACCAAAAGGCAAGAAGGUGCGUUUGGAUUGGAACACAGAUGCUGCCUCCCUGAUAGGAGAGGAGCUGCGGGUGGACUUCCUUGACCACGUCCCACUCACCACACACAACUUUGCUCGGAAGACGUUUCUGAAGCUUGCCUUCUGUGACAUCUGCCAGAAGUUCCUGCUCAAUGGCUUCCGCUGCCAGACGUGCGGCUACAAAUUCCACGAGCACUGCAGCACCAAGGUGCCAACCAUGUGUGUGGACUGGAGCAACAUCAGGCAGCUCUUCUCCCAGCACAGGUAUUCUACACCUCAUGCCUUCACUUUCAACCCAUCCAACCCUUCCUCUGAGGGCUCUCUGUCCCAAAGACAGCGCUCCACCUCCACCCCCAACGUGCACAUGGUCAGCACCACGCUGCCUGUGGACAGCAGGAUCAUCGAGGAUGCAAUUCGAAGCCAUAGUGAAUCAGCCUCACCCUCUGCUCUGUCUGGAAGUCCUAACAAUAUGAGCCCAACUGGCUGGUCUCAGCCUAAAACCCCAGUCCCAGCCCAAAGAGAGAGAGCCCCUGGAUCCAACACACAAGAAAAAAACAAAAUUAGGCCUCGUGGACAGAGAGACUCCAGUUAUUACUGGGAAAUAGAAGCCAGUGAAGUGAUGCUCUCCACCAGGAUAGGCUCAGGCUCUUUUGGGACAGUUUACAAGGGCAAGUGGCAUGGGGAUGUAGCAGUGAAGAUCCUAAAGGUUGUAGACCCAACCCCAGAACAGUUCCAGGCUUUCAGGAACGAAGUGGCUGUCCUGAGGAAGACCCGGCACGUGAACAUCCUGCUCUUCAUGGGCUACAUGACCAAGGACAACCUGGCCAUUGUCACACAGUGGUGUGAGGGCAGCAGCCUCUACAAACAUCUGCACGUGCAGGAGACCAAGUUCCAGAUGUUCCAGCUGAUCGACAUCGCCCGGCAGACGGCGCAGGGCAUGGACUAUUUACAUGCAAAGAACAUCAUCCACAGAGACAUGAAAUCCAAUAAUAUAUUUCUUCAUGAAGGCCUCACAGUGAAAAUAGGAGACUUUGGUCUGGCAACUGUAAAAUCCAGGUGGAGUGGAUCCCAGCAGGUGGAGCAGCCCACAGGCUCAAUCCUGUGGAUGGCCCCCGAGGUGAUCCGGAUGCAGGACAGCAACCCCUUCAGCUUCCAGUCAGAUGUCUACUCCUAUGGAAUAGUGCUAUAUGAGCUGAUGACAGGAGAGCUGCCCUACUCCCACAUCAACAACAGAGAUCAGAUCAUUUUCAUGGUUGGCAGGGGCUAUGCUUCCCCAGACCUCAGCAAGCUGUACAAGAACUGCCCCAAAGCCAUGAAGAGGCUCGUAGCAGAUUGCUUGAAGAAAGUGAGGGAAGAACGACCUCUGUUCCCACAGAUCCUGUCGUCCAUCGAGCUGCUGCAGCACUCUCUGCCCAAGAUCAACCGCAGCGCCUCGGAGCCGUCCCUGCACCGCGCCGCCCACACCGAGGACAUCAACUCGUGCACGCUGACCUCCACCAGGCUGCCCGUGUUCUGAGCUGCUCUCCUGCUCCUGGGCCUGCUCCUGGCUGCAGCUGCAGCAGCACCGCAGCUGUGCUUGCCAGCCUCGGUGCAGGCUGCUCCAGCAGCACCCUGCCCCGCUGGACAGAGCAGCUGCUCCGGAUCCGUGCAGCUCUCCGCCCGCGGGGGCGGGGCUCCUCAUUGCCUUUGUACCGCCUCUUGUUCUGGGAGAGGUAACAGACUACACAUCAAGAGAUCUAUUACUAUUUUUCUAAUAGAUGCACUUGAGCCUUAUUUUCCCCUUCCCAGAAGCGAUGGCUGUUGUUUGGCAGUGGCUCUGGCUGGGUCUGCUCUGUGCUCAGUGAGGUGGCUCUGAGGACAGUGAUGUUCUGGUGCUCUGACUGCCCCAUGCCAAGUGCCACCUCACCCUGGGGAGUUGUGCCUGGAGUGGGAAGAGGAAAUAACUCUGGAAAUCAGCUCCUGCCUAAGAGCAUCACCAAGCCAAUGAAAUAAGUUCAAAUGCUAAUUCAACACAAAUAGUUUUGCAAUAGUUUUGCACAUAGAAGAAAAACUCUUGCAAAAGGAUGGAAUCUGUUGUGAAUUGUCCUGCUCAGAGAAGGAGGUGAGCCAGUCCUGCUUUGGUCAUCUUGAGAAGCCUCCCAGCUGCUUUUGGUACUAUGGACCUGUUGCUGCAGCCCAGGCAGGGUGAGUGAGUGCUGGGCUGGGGGCUGGAAAAGGCUGAGGGAUGUUCCCACCUCCUGCAGAGGCUGCAUCCCAGUCGUCCAAGAGAUGCACUAGCAAGAGGAAACUGAGCAUAUACAGUUUUUCUUGUUGAUUUGGGUUUUAAUUUUGUUUUUAUUGCUCCUGAGAAAAUGCAUUUAUUGUAAGCCAAGGUUCCUCUGAUUAUCUUAUUUUAAUAAAAUAAAUUAAAUUUUA